AGCCAUUUUGGCUCAAGUCGAGCUUGCUCGAGCCAUCAUGGCGCGGUUCCUUCUGAGACCAGACUCCGGUCGCUGUGCAUCGUAGGAGGAGGUGGAGAAGGAGGGGGGAGGCGGAGGAGGACUGGGCGCGAUGUCGCUGGCCCUGUUGGCGUCACUAGCGUCGCUGGCCGCCUCCGUGGCGGCCACGCGGGUGCCGGCCGUGAUCGGCACCAGCGUGUCCCAGGCCGCUCUGACGCUCACGGAGACAGAGAUGUUCUCGCACACCGUGUCCGAGGAGGGCGAGUGGGCUUACAUGAACCACUUCUGGGCGGCUGGCAGCCCCGCGGUGGACCGCGCCAUCUUCCGGUACUACGUGGACGGGGAGGUCAACGCCUCCGUCGUCUUCUCCCCCGCGCUGGCGUGCGGCGUGGGUUGGGGCGACCAGACGGCGCCCUGGGGCAACAGGUGGAUGGGCAAGGCCGCAAACUCGACAGGCUGGUUCCACAACAUCCCCGUGCCGUUCUACAAGUCCAUCCGCAUCACCUACCAGAUGGCCCUGGAGGACGCUGGCGUGGCAAAGGCCCCGGGCGCCGGUCCGCGCGGCGGCGCAGUGGAGCAGGUGGGCUCCAGAGUGUGGGCGAUCGUGCGCGGCUCGGAGGGCCUGCCGCUGCACCUGGGCGAGCUGGAGGUCCCGCUCCGCGCGGGGGGCGUCCGCCUGGAGCUGCAGCGCCGCUCCGCGCAGCUCGCGCCGCUGGACUUCUACAGCGUGGCGAGCGCCCCCGCCGGGCAGUCGGGCACGGUGUUCCUGACGUCCCUGUUCGUCCGGGGCACGGGCAGCGUGAAGUUCAUGGAGGGCUGCUGGCGCAUGCGCAGCCCGCCGGCGCAGGCCUGGCCGGGCACGCUGCUGGCCAGCGGCAUGGAGGACUACUACGACUCCGCCUUCUACUUCGACGGCGGCGGCUUCCACCUGCCAGACACCGGCGCGACGCACCUGCCCGGGCCGACGGGCAGCAGGGACUUCACCUUCUCGGGCUACCGCUUCCACGAGGUGGACCCGCUCGUGUUCAGGGACGGCAUCGACGUGCAGUGGCGCAACGGCGACGUCACCGACCCCGCCACGGGCCUCAAGUGCACGCUGCAGUCUGGCGGGGUCGUCGCCGGCCCGCCCGACCUGGUCCUCGGCCCCUCCGCGGUCUCCUCCUACGCCUGGGUGUACACGUGGCCGCCCGGCGGCGCCUUCCUCCGGAGGCCCUCGACGGUCGACCCCUUCCUCAGGGCGCGCCGCGGUUCGUGACGACGGGAGUUUCUGAGAUCUUGCCGAAAAGUCAUGAAAUACAAAAACCCC